AUGACGAAAUGGUUUUCAAAGACUGCAGCUUUCUCACAUCGACCUCUUGAAGAGUGUUCAUCCUCCUCUCAGAAUCCUUCCUUUCCAUCUUCCUUCUCCUCCUCCUCAACAUUCAGAACAACACCCCUCAUGCAUGACAUAUCCUCUUCAUCAUCUCCAAUCCACACUCUCCACACGACUCACACUCUCAUUGAAGAUCACAAUCCUCUCACUCGAGAAGAAGAAGAACAACAACAAUCCUCCAGCCACAACAUCAUGAUGGAAGAUGUUCGGAACAUGACAAGGAUUUCAUCGUCUUCUUCUUCUUCUUCUCAAAAACAAAAUCAUCCUCUCAAGAAACAGCUCGAACUCACAAAUUCUCAACAACAAGAACAUCAACAAGAACAACAACUCGUAGAAAAACAACAAAAAGUACAAGAACUUGCUCUCCGUUAUCCCUCUCUCUUUCAACAAAUUCUUGUCUUUGAGGAUGAUGAGAGCCAAUGUCCAAUUUGUUUGGAAUUGUACAAUGAGGAGAAUCCUGAAGUGAAAUGCAAAUGUGGACAUGGAUUUCAUUUGCAGUGUAGUGAGGAAUGGAGACAACGAUCUUCCGAGUGUCCAGUGUGUUUCCGAAAAUUAAUUUAUGACUUUGAAGAAGAGGAAUUACCCAAAGAGAGUGAACAUUCCACAAUCAAAUCAAAUCGAAAUUCGAAUGUGAGGAAUUCCUCUACCUAUUAUAAUAUGAAUGAACCAUUGGUUCGUACGCGAGAGUCCACUCAAAGAAGAAGAUUGUUUGUUCUUGGUAAUGGUGGUAAUGGUGGUGGUCGAACAAACAUGUUGAAACGAAUGUUUAGGUGA